CACUGACAAAUUGAAACAAUCCUGUGGUUCAACCGCUACUGAUGAUGACCUCAAUUUGAACCUACCACACCACUAUUUCACCCCUUGCCUCGAGAACUAACCUCUCGGGACAACUCAGAGAGCAUCAACCUUUGUCCCCCAGAUUUGUCCUCCCGAAACUCCACACUCCACGUGGACUAAAGGAUAUUGUUUAGGCCGACGUCUGGGUGUAAUGAUACAAGGAAACCGUUCAAUGAGGGCAGAGAGAGUGACGGUCAAUCCAGUUGCUGUUGACGCAGCGAAGUAGAAGACAGUGAUUUCCAGUUUGCUCAUGACCCAGGAGCAAACACUUGGCAGGCCCCAAUAUUGUGGUUAGUACCUACGGAAGGAAGUUCCUCCUUUGCGAUGGCUACCAAGUCCAAAAUCUUUGAUGUUAGCUCGCCUCCCUCGUACGAUGCAAUUUCGAGGUCCGUAGGAGAAGAUUCUGUCGAAUGCAAUCGAUCUUUUUUUUCCUCUUUCUGCAAUCGAAUCAGAAACGUCGCACCGCAGCCCUAUCUCGCAUCUCUAAACCUAUUGUCUCCUGUCCUGAUUCUACCCCUUCCUCUGUCGCUGCAAUCGUCAACUCCUGCGCUGCUGCUCUCCCAGCAGCACAGUUCUCCAACCUCCUCCAAAAACCCAAUAUCCGGGGUCACAGCGCUGUAUCGGGCAAUUGUAAAUAAUCGUCGAAAAGCCCUUCUGGAGUUUAUCAAACACCUUUCGGAACUCUCACUUGUUUGCUCUUUGGACUUGCGCGUUGCGCGCAUGACAGCUAGUAACCAGACAUUGUAUACGCAGCUGAAUUUGGGAUAUAGUCUUUAUCCCGAGGAUGAGUCUUUGAGACUCCUUUUGGGUUGUCCGCCAGAUGAGGUUCGAGUGCAUGAAAGGAAUGGGCUGAGUGACAACCACUUUGUUGCUUGUUUCCGCUUCAGGAUGUUCCAGAAACGCCUGAGGCAAGCGGCAAUGGUCCAAAUUGAUCACUACAGAUUCCAGAACGUAAUUAUUUACAAGCAGCCAAAACUGGGAACGUGCAGGACAGCAAACACGAACUAUAGUGUAGUAUUCCUACUGUAGUUCUCUACCUCAAUCUCCCUAUUUUUGAACCCAUCACACCACUACUUCACCUCUUGCUUCGAGAACUAACCUCUCGGGACAAAUCAGAGAGAAUCGACCUUUGUCCUCCCGAAACUCCACACUCCACGUCCCCCGACGCAAAUAACGUCGCU